ACGCUUAACGCUUGCUUCGUAAUGAAAUACAGGUGAAUAGUGGUCAAAAUGUAUAAAAAACGAGACAGUUUCAUCAAUAGAUCGAAGUGAGUUUCCCUUUCUAAAGACAGAUCUACUUAGUCAACCGCACAAAGACAUUUUCUAGAAUUGCUAUUGGUUUGAAAUCAACUUUGCCCGCCUUCCUCAUGCACGUAUUGACGGAGCUCUAUCAACGCCGCGUUUUCAUUGGCUCUUUUUGUGAGUUCUUCUGUUUUUCAGUAUUUGCUUCUGUUUUGUCGCGUUCAGCGAAUAGCUUCAGUGGAACAGGACGCAACACAAACUCAACGCCCUGGGGUAGAGGAUCGGAGUGAAAAUGGCGUCCGAGUCUCCACGCCGCCCGAGCCGCUGUGCGGGGGGCGUGGUCGUGCGAGCGCAGGCUGCCACGGAGCAGUCCUACAUGGAAAGUGUGGUUACGUUCCUGCAGGAUGUUGUCCCACAGGCCUACACUGGUGGACCUCCGACAGAUGAGAAGGAGAAGGUGAUCUGGGUUCGAUUUGAGGAAGCAGACAUUAAUGACGUGUGCCGAUCCCCAGAGUUCCUGGAGUGCCACGGCGGGGGGUCAGGCCCUCCCCUCUGCCUCAUGAUUGGCUACUCGGAGGGAAUGCAGAUCUGGUGCAUAUCUCUCAGUGGAGAGGCCCAGGAGCUGUUCUCGGUGCGUCAGGGCCCAGUGCGGGCGGCCAGAAUCCUGCCUGCACCACACAUUGGUCCUCUGAAGACGGACAGCUUUGCAGAGAAGAGACCCCUCCUCGCUGUGUGCAAGGCAACUGGGUCCUCAGGGACCAGUCUUCCGUUUUGCUGUGUGGAUCUAUAUUCACUGCGAUCAGGGGAGAUGGUCAAGUCCAUCCAGUUCAAAACGCCCAUCUACGACCUGUACUGCAACCAACGGAUCCUUGUUGUCGUUCUGCAAGAGAAGAUAGCUGCGUUCGAUAGCUGCACAUUCACAAAAAAAUUCUUUGUUACAAGCUGUUACCCCUGCCCUGGACCCAACCUCAACCCCAUCGCCCUCGGCGACCGCUGGCUCGCCUACGCCGAGAACAAGCUGAUUGGUUGCCAUCAGUCGCGGGGCGGAGCUUGUGGGGAUAAUUCCCAGUCCUACACUGCCACUGUCAUCAGCGCUGCCAAGACGCUGAAGUCGGGGCUGACGAUGGUGGGGAAGGUGGUGACCCAGCUGGCCGGCACGCUCCCCUCGGGCACGUCGGAGGAAGAGGCCCCGCCUCCCAGCGCCUCCCGCCGCAACGCCCACACCCCGGGCGUGGUCUCCAUCAUCGACACGCUCUCUGUGGGGGAGGGGCAGGUUAUGGUCAGUGAGGACUCUGAUGGGGAGGGUGUGGUUGCUCAUUUCCCAGCUCAUGACAAACCCAUUUCCUGCAUGGCCUUCAAUCCAAGCGGCAUGCUGCUGGUGACUGCAGACACACAGGGCCAUGACUUCCACGUCUUUCAGAUCCUUACUCACCCCUGGGCCUCAUCUCAGAGCGCUGUACACCACCUGUACACACUGCACCGAGGAGAGACCGAGGCCAAAGUGCAGGAUAUGUGCUUCAGUCCGGACUGUCGCUGGGCGGUGGUCAGCACGCUGCGCGGGACCUCCCACGUGUUUCCCAUCAGCCCCUACGGCGGGCCGGCCUGUGUGCGCACACACCUGUCCCCGCGCGUGGUGAACCGCGUCAGCCGCUUCCACAAGAGCGCCGGCCUGGAGGAGAUGGAGCAGGAGCUGAGCACCAAGCAAGGGGGGCGGAGCAGCCCUGUGCCCCUGUCCCACAGCCCCUCUGGAUCCCCACUGCACGCAAAACUGAGCAGCGCGGAGUCCUACAACAACCUGAGCAACAACAACCUGGCGAACCCGCGGCUCUCCCCCCUGCCCAGCCUGACUGUGGUUCAGCCCCUGGCACAGGUCAAGCAGCCCGUUACCCUGGGAACCAUCACCAAGCGUACAGGACCGUACCUCUCUGGGGCAGGAUGUUUUACCAUUAAAACUCCAUGCAAGGCCAAGCCGGCCCCGCACAGCUCACCCAGUAAGUCUCUGGGAGGAGAGUUCUGUGUGGCGGCCGUCUUUGCGUCCUCCCGCUCCCGCUACAGCAGCAACCCCAGCAUGAAGAGGGACAAAGACCAGUCCAAGCAGCCAGCAGUGGACUCCCUCUACAUCCUCAGUUGCUAUGGUAACCUGGUGGAGCACGUGCUGGAGCCCCGGCCAAUCAGCACAGCUCAGAAGAUAAGCGACGACACGCCCCUGGAGCUCAGCACCAGUCCACGAGCCUGCUGGACCCUGGCCAGGACACCACAGUGGAAUGAACUCCAGCCCCCAUUUAACACCAACCACCCCCUCCUGCUUGCAUCUGACCUGGUGCAGCAUUACCAGUAUCUCCUGUCUGGCUUGGUGCCCCCUGGGAGUCCUGGGCCAAUCACACGGCACGAGUCGUAUGACAGCCUGGCGUCUGACCACAGUGGGCAGGACGAUGAGGAGUGGCUCUCCCAGGUGGAGAUAGUGACCCACACCGGGCCCCAUCGGCGGCUGUGGAUGGGCCCUCAGUUCCAGUUUAAGACGCUGCACCCGUCGGGCCAGACCACCGUCAUUUCCUCCAGCUCAUCCGUGCUGCAGCCACACGCGCCCAAUGAGUCCCAGCAUCCUCUGCUGCACUUCCACAGCGAGGCGAUGGAUCUACACAGCCUGCGGAUUCAGCCCGUGCGCUCGGAGCCAAUGAGCAUGCCCGGCUCCUCCUCACGGCUGGGGUCAGAGAGGCGGGGCCAGUCCAUUGAUGCGGGAUCAGGAGCAUUUGAUCAGGGGGUGACUCUGCUGGAGGUGUGUGGCAGUUGGCCUGACAGCUUUGGCCAGCGUCACAUGGCCUACGCAGACACGUCUGAUGAGGGGCUCCGGGAGCGCCUGGCCGACGCCAUGUGUGAGUCGCCCGGGAGAGACCUGCUGGGGACCGGCACCGAGCUCCAGAGGGAGGGCAGUAUUGAGACUCUCAGUAACAGCUCGGGCUCCACCAGUGGCAGUAUUCCUCGGGCCUUUGAGGGGUACAGGUCCCCCCUCCCCACCAACGACAGCCAGCCACUCAGCCUCUUCCCCACUGGCUUCCCAUGAGCAGGGACCCCCAAGACCCAAACCUCCAGCACCCCAAGCCCCCAAACCUCCAACCCCCAAACCUCCAACCCCCCUGCUCCCCAAACCCCUGUCUCACCAGGAGCAGCUGAGACAGAGAAGCUGGCCACAGGCCGAGCACAGAGCCCUGCAGAACCCCACACCUCCACAGUGUGGAGGGCACAGACCCCGACAGUCUUCACACACACCUUUUUAUUUUAUGUUGAAAUAGGAUGAAAACAGGAAAUGUUGUUUGAUUAGUCAUGGCACUAAUGUUGCGAUUGAGAGUGACAAGUGUUCUCUGGAACCCCGCCCUGUUACUAGGAUGGGCAGUUCCGCCCUCCUCUCCUCCGGCCAAACCCUCAUCUUCACUGGCCCCACCCUCUUCUCCUCAUUCACAUAUUCAAAAGCCAAACCAAGCCUUUUGCUGCUGUUGCCAUAGAAACACCCUGUCCUUAUGAAACAGUACCCAGCUCCACACUCAGUUAUGUGUAAUAAUCCAUAUUACAACUUUAUUAUUUCUUUAGAGUGUGUUUUUAAGGGGAAGAAAAUGAUAAAUGCAUUUUCUCAUCUCCAAAACAUUCAUUGUGCCAUGUUAAUGGAAUUAUUAAAAACUGGUUUAAAAUAUGAUUGCUCUCGAUGGGAGCGCCAGCUGCUUUCUACUAUGUGUAAUUCACACACAGGUACAAACAUACACCGUUCCUUGUUUUGGGCAAUUCUUUUUUUGGGCAACCAUUUUGCUGUACGGAACUAAGUACUUGGAUAAGCUCAUCAAUCAAUUAACUCUGGAAUUAUGUGCAUUAAAAUGACUAAGUAAUAAGUGCUUUAGCAAAGUUUCCAGAGUUGGAAACUACAAAAUGACUGGUCUAAAUAAGCAAUAUAGCUAAUAAUUUGCACAAAGAGUAGCCUGCGUAUUCAUUUUGUUAAACAUUAAAAACCUCAAUUUUCUGUUACAUUUUUAUCAUUGUAUUCUAUUAUGAUUUUACUUCACUUGGUUCCUGUUUUUCCGAACAAAGUGAUUUGACAUUGGCAAAAUCACAAGAUUACCAUGGAAACUAUUCUAAUGAGAAGAUUAUGCUGUUGCCAUUGGUGGAGCUCCUGUUCCUCACUGCACAAGUGUAGCCAAUCACAGAGACUCUGGAGAAAGAUUCCCAGUGAGGACAGUAGCACUGUAUUUCAUUGAAUGAUAUCAAGUGCAUAUUUCAGUUUCAUUGGCUGUCACAUGUUUUAUGACUGAAUUACUUUGGAUACCCAGAGAAUUGGUUGUGUUUGCUGUAAAACUUCCAAAUGAUUAAUAAAAUACUUAAAACAUGGA